CCAAUGCUAUACGGUAGUAUGAUAUGGCCCUAAAAUAUUUCGGGAAUCCUAGGAUUCUCUGUCUAUGUUGGGGACAAAUGAAACUUUUACUGUAUAUUCCCCAAAUUAUAAGUUUGUUCGGGGGAAGCUAAGAAUAAACCCAAUAUUCGCUAGUUUUAUUAUUGGUUUAAAGAUUUAUAACUAAGAUCUUAUCAAUAUUUUCCAAAUAUUUUUUUAAUAAAUUAUAUUCACAUUGGUAGGUAGGUGACAUAUUUCACUAAGGAUUGGUAAAAUACCGGCAAAACUUCUGGCAACUGUACUUCAUUAGAGACCAUUGCUUGUGCUUAUCUAAAGAACAAAGUAACUUGACUGGUGCGAAGUUGGCUACAUGACGUUCAUUGUCUUUAUUGUCUCUUUCACUCGUUCGUAUUUUGUGCUUGCUAUUUGCCGCCCACUCACUCCAUCGCACUAGACGCCUACCUAACUUCAGAGUGCAGACAGGUCGACGUAUAGUGGUUCAUUAUUUUGUUUAUGUUUUGAACACGGACGUAGUUUAUCACGUCAAACAUUCUCGUUAUUCCAACAUUUCCUUUGUUAAAGUACUUACCUAUUUAAAAAUAACUGUUCAAUUUCAAAAGAAGCAAAAUGAUUAGUAGAAGAAAUAUAGAAGAUAUUUUGGACAGUGACGAUGAAUUACCAACUGAAUACAUAGACCUACCCAGCAUGCCAGCCUACCAAGAUGACUGCCGUUUUAUUGAACAAAAACAGAAACAAAAAGAAGAAUUAUUAGAAAAAGUGAUUUUAGAAGGCAUGUUAAGCAAAAAAGACAUUCUUUCUUUUAAAUGUCUCGAACACACUUCAAACCAUACAACACUUAUCUGGUUUUUUAAAUAUCUUAUGUUGAAAGACUUGCAAGCUAAGUAUACAUAUCUUAACACAUGUUUGAUACCAGACUAUAAAAACUACCUUCUCAGUGAAACAGCCAAGUACAAAGAUGGAAUAAGUGAGAAAUUAAUUGAAAUUAGACUAGAAAUAGAGUAUUCUAAUAAAACGUCCACACGGUGA